AUGGAACGCGGGCAACUGGUUUUUAAUCAAACAUUAUUUGAUGAAGAAAUGAGAAAAUCAGGUUUAUUGAACAGUUUAUCCAAUCCUAUUUUCCCGCUAAAAACACAAUUUUGUUUUAUCCAUUUAACCAUACAAGAAUUUCUUGCUGCAAGGCACGUGACUGAAACACUCGCUCCACCCGAAAUAAAGAAGUUCAUUUCCGACAAUGUUGAAAGUGGAAAAUGGCAUUUAGUUCUUCAGUUCAUUGCAGGACUUUUGGGCAAGAAAAUCAAGAAUUUUGAUUGGGAAUACAAGGAUUGUGUUUUCGCGUUUGCAAAAAGCUUGAAAGUUACUGAUGGUAAAAUUAUAGUUAAAUACCAUGAAGUGUUUAUAAUGAAGUGCCUAAGGGAAGCGGACGAUGAAGAGAUUACUAAAGAAGUUUGCGAAACAACUGUUAUAAACAAUAUAGUAGAACUACUCGCUUUUGCAGAAUUUUAUAAUCUUUCUCCAAGUGAGUGGGGGGCAGUGACUUUCGUUUGCAAACACAUGAAAAGAUUGGCAAAUUUGAGAUUGUUUGGAUUUGCGGCAGAUUAUCUUCCAGAGGCUCUAGGAUUAAUUGCUACGAAAAAGAUGCCUAAAUAAACUAGAAAUGGGUUCGGAAGGAUAUUACCGCGCUGCUACAGACGAAAUGGACCAAGUAUUUAGCGCAUUAAUGGAAUUAAACUGCACGUUCGACCACGAACACACUAAGCUGACUACGUUAACACUUGAGGAUAUUUUAAUGACCAAAGCAGGUUUACCAAUCAUGUGCAAUUAUUUUGAAAACGGGCAUUCGAGCCAACUUGAGCAAUUCACUCUAAAUCUUAACAGAAUUGGUUCACAUGAAACUUCGAAAGUUUGCGAAGUCCAAUGGACAUUAUCCAAAUGUGCAAGAUUUGGACAAUGUUUGGACAAUGAGGGUGUAAUGGUGUUGUGUGAUACUCUGACGAAAGGGCUUUGUAAACUUAAUAAAUUGCAUGUCCGUAAGUGUUGGUUAACAGAUGUAUGUGUUCAGACGCUAAUUAAGGCACUGCAAGAUGAACAUUGCCAACUAACUGAUCUAUUACUGGGGUGCAAUGCCAUAGGUGAUGAAGGUGCAUGUAUGUUGUUUCAAGAUGCCCUGAGAAACGAGCAUUGUAAGCUUACUGGGUUGAAUCUUUGUGAUUGUUUGUUAACGGAUAAAUGCAUACCCAGUUUGUGCAAGGCACUUCAAGAUGAACAUUGUCAACUGACUAUUUUAUCACUGGCGAGGAAUGCCAUAAGUGACAAAAGUGCAUGUAUGUUGUUUGAAGAUGCCCUGACAAAAAAGCAUUGUAAGCUUACUGAGUUGAAUCUUGUACGAUGUCCAUUAACAGAUGAAUGCAUACCUAGGCUAGUUUGU